GAGCUGAGAGGCUACAAGAAUUUGUGACGUGACGUGACGUGAAUGAAAUGAAAUUAAACCAAAAUUUGUAAUUUACAGAAAACGUAGUGUCCGUGAGAUGUGUGUGUUUUCAACCGUAUCUAAAACAGUGUGAUCUUGAUUUUGUGUCUCCUAAACAUGAGUAUGCCUCCUCUGCCUGUUACUUCAAACUCUCAAGAGUUAGGAGAUAGUGGACAAUCUAAUGUUCUAGGCAAAAGACUAAACAAAAUUUUUGAAACUCGCCUGGAUACUGAUAAGGAAACAUUAGAGGCGCUCAAGGAGUUGUCAACAUUUUUCACAGAGAAUUCAAUUCAAUCCCGAAGAAAUUUAAGAAGCAAAAUAGAAAAACGAAGUCUUGCAAUUAACGAGGAGUUUUUGUCAGCUUUUACGAAGGUAAAAGAUGCUCUAGAUACUGUGUAUAAUGAUGUUGUCUCCAUAGACUCUGAAGUGCGUGGUAUGAGUAUGCAUUUGCAAGCAACACGGGCUCAAACAUAUCAGUUAAUUGAGCAUACUACCCAACUACAAGCUCAAAGAAAGAAACUAAGCAUGGAGCAAGAAGUGGCCAGUGCUUUCCUGGAGCGGUACCAAUUAUCCCCUGCCGAGCUGACAGUUUUGCAUGGUUCUACAAGAGAUUCUCCUAUAACGCCAGUAUUUUUCACUGCUCUCCAGCGUGCUCAAACAAUACAUUCUGACUGUCGUGUUCUAAUGCAAUCUGGUUUCCAAACUGUGGCACUUGACAUAAUGGAGCAGAUGUCUUUACACCAGGAAGCAGCACUUGAGCGUCUGUAUCGUUGGACUCAAAGUCAUUGCCGUAGCGUGGAGUCAACAGAAACAGCUGCACUUUUGACUGAGGCUAUGUCCUGCUUACAGGAUAGGCCAGUCUUGUUUAAAUAUGUUCUUGAUGAGUAUGGAAGUUGUAGAAGAGCAGCAUUAGUUCGUGCAUUCAUAGAUGCCUUGACUAAAGGUGGAGGUACACUCAAGCCUAUAGAGAUGCAUGCCAACGAUCCAAAACGGUAUGUUGGAGAUAUGCUGGCAUGGUUACAUCAAGUAAUACCUUCAGAAAAGGAAAGUUUAAACACACUGAUGAGUUUGUGUUCAAAGAUUGAUGUUUCAGACCACAUUCAGCAAAUCCUUGCCAGUAUUACAGAGGGUGUUUGUCAUCCCUUGAAAGUACGUGUUGAUCGUAUUCUCAGUACUGAUGCUACUACAACUAUUCUGUAUUCUGUGGCAAGUCUUCUUGGAUAUUACCAUCAGAUAUUUAGUCAAGUUGUGCCAGAGAGUAUGCUUCUAGGUACCUUAGCAGAAGUAAGGAUUUUAGCUCAAAAUCGCUUUUUGAGCGCUUUGCAAGGUCGUGUUAAACAGCAUUUGGCAGACCGACUUGAUACUCCGCCACCUGAUCUUUCUCCUUCUACUAGUGUAUCUGCUCUCAUGUCAUUAUUGAAAGAAGUGCUUUCUGUCGCUGGAGUUGCUGAUGGGCGUCCAGAAGAUAUUACUAAGAUGGUUGGUGUUGUCCUUGACCCUUUGCUUCAAGCUGUAAACCUGAGUGCUGCUCGCUUACCUACAACAGAUAUGGCUGUAUAUCUAUUAAACUGUUUAUACCAGAUGCAAACAACUCUAUCUCUUUAUGGCUUCAUGGAUAAUAGACUGGAGAGAUUGCAGGCACAAUCUGAUGCUCAGCUUGACACAUUGACAUCAGAGCAAGCAAGCUCAUUAGUGGCCAAUUUAAAUUUGGGACCAAUUUAUACCAUUUUGCAAGAAACAAGCAGAGGCCCCCUUGCCAAUGUCCCUGGUAUGGAUGCUGCAAGCCUCAAACAUUUUUUGGUUAAACUUGAUGGUUUCUUAGCUCUGCCGGAUAUCUUACUCCUUCCUCAAAUUUCUUUAUUAUUAAGUACAAUUCAUCGCAACAAUGUGAAACAAAGAGCCUUUGAAGUUAUUUGUACCGUCUAUAAACAACUCUUCGCAGCUGUUCAUGAUCCUGUCAAUGGAUACCAGAAUCCCUCUUCCUUGAUUUCGCGUACUCCUGAGCAAGUGCAAGAGUUGCUUUUGGGCAAUGGGUCAUAGAUGUUUGAUAACAAAAGUUUUGAAAAUAAAAGUAGUAUGUGAGA